ACAUUCUCACGGAAUUUUGUUGUAUUCUCUACUUCGACGAGAAACAAGUUUGCUGAACGAUAGCGCUUUUUAUGAUCCCAGAAUAAAUUCUCGUUGGCUUGACGUUAGUGAGUGAAGCAGUGAAACACACCCAUAUUUUCAAAAAAUUGCAUUUCCACAACUAACACAUAGGGUAUUCGAGAGAAAAUUCAAGAUUGGUUCCAUAAAAGUGCGAUUAUCCAAGUACACACAACCGAAUGACUGUACAAAUCCAACAUGAAUGUUGUAAAAUGGUGGCGCAGUCCUAGUUGCCGUCCUGCUUAUCACAAUUUUCAUUGGGACAUCUGGGACAGGAAUUAGCGCAAACUUAAUUAGUCCUUAUAAUUGACAUAUUAUGCCCUUUCGCGCAGAAUUAAAGCCAGUGUGAAGGCGAUGAGUCGAACAUUUCAGUACAUGUUACACACCCAGUUUCGACGUUAAGUAGCCAUUUCAGAUAUCAUCAUGUCUUCAGGAAUAAUGAACAAACCAUCUGGUGGAUGGAUACAUUCCGAUAAACUGAUAGCCAAACAGGGUGUCACCUACACAGUGAAGUAUGUGGGGUGUCUCGAGGUGAAAGCUUCUAUGAAAACCUUGGACUACAAUACAAGAUCAAGUGUCGCUAGGGAAUGUAUAAACAGAGUUUGCGAGGCUGCAGGACUGAAGACUGUGGAUAAGAGGAGAAGAAUAGACAAAAAUGUGGAAAAAGCCAUAGCAGAUGUACCAGACAUGAAUUAUGCUGGCACAAACGUUAAUUUAACAGUUUCGAGUUCAAGGCUGUCGUUAACCUCCUUGGACACGAAUGAAGUUAUUUCUAGUCAUGAUAUGCCCCAAAUUUCGUUUGCAUCUGGUGGAGACUGUGAUAGUUUGGAUUUCGUUGCCUAUGUUGCGAAAGAUACAAUGAAUUGGAGAGCUUGCUACGUACUGGAAUGUGGAGGGGGAUUAACGAAAGAUGUAAUUGCAACGAUUGGUCAAGCGUUUGACUUGAGGUUCAAGCAGUGUAUGAAGCCGGCUGUCAAAGUGCUUGCGAUGGGUCAACCGUCAACCUCAGGAGGUGAUGCUGAUAAAGACUAUUACAAUGAUUUACCGGGUAAGGUGCCCCCUGAUGUGGGACCACCCCCGGUUCCUCCUCUCCCCACAGUUGUACCUCCCCUUACAACGUUGCCACCUGUGCAAAGUCCCAAUCUCAUCGAUUUGAAUUCUGAUAUCCCGUUGCAUAGAGAUCUACCACUGCACAACUAUGUUAAUGACAAUAUCAUUUCUACACGUGGACGCGACGUUUUCGAUAUGCAUCCUUUCACAGCUGUGCAGUUACCGGCUUCCAAUUCCUCCACAUUGAAGAAAAUGGAUCCUAAACACCUGGCUCAGUUGCAGAAUGAAAUUUGGUUUCAUGGACAAAUAUCCAGAGCAGAGGCCGAGAGGCUCUUGGAGCAUGAUGGGGACUUUCUAGUUCGAGAAUCUCCAAAUUCUGAAGCCCAAUUCGUGCUUUCCGGAAUGCAGGACAACACGAAGAAGCACCUGCUUCUGAUCGAUCCUGAAGGAGUUGUGAGAACCAAAGACAGGAUGUUCGACAGUGUGAGUCACCUGAUCAACUUUCAUUGCGAGAACGCCCUCCCAAUAAUUUCCGCAGAGAGUGCGCUGGUGUUGCGCGUUCCCAUUCCGAGGAUGACGUGACGCUGGUGAAUAUGACAUUCAUAUUUUAUUUUCGAAUUUAGUUAGGCAGAAUUUUUAAUUUUCUGUUGAAAAGAUAAUCUGAAUUUACCAAAUGAUUGAAUUGUUGAUAUUUUUGAAAUUUUUUAAAGAAUUUACACCGAAAUGUUGUUAGUGAAUUUUUUUUAUUUUUAUGCAUGAUGUGUCUUGGUAUCAACGUUCUUUAUAUGAAUGAUAUUCGGAAAAGAGAGAAGCGUGAAGAAAAUCUUAAUCCAAAUUUGAAUACCAGUCAAGCAAAAACACUAUUUUUUUUCACUCUUCGUGUUGCAAUUGUGUACUAAAUUCUCAAUUUUUGUAAAAAAAAAUUAGAGAUAUAUUUAUUGAAUGAGUAAUACAAAAGCACUUUACUAGCAGUUAAGAGAUAUCAUUCAAUAUAAAAUGAAUAAAAACCUUAAUGGUUUUUGUUAUUUACAACGCUGAUAUCAUGACCCAAACAAUUCUACAAAUAACAGAGUAUUACUUUCCAAAUCUGAAUAAAUUAAUUUGAUAACGAUUUUGUUACUGCUUGUUUAGUGUGAUUUCUUGAACAAAGAAUAAUUGGGGUUCUAAUUCUUCGCAUGACGAAAGGUUUAACUCGUAACAGCUUGAACGUUUUGAAUUAUGACAGAUUGUACGCACAUUUUAGCGCUAAACUAAUUAUAGUCGAUCUAGUCUUGGAAGGAUGCUUGCCAAUACUGUUUAUCUACAAAAUUUUUAUUUCAAGCAGUUAAAUCGGCAAAUUUUCUAAAAAUGCUUCCUAAUUGAAAUCUUGCAAUGUCUAGCACUCAGAAAAUCGGUUAGUUCAGGCGUAUUUUCACAGAAACACAAAGGACUUAUUUCGAUUUUUCCAAAAAUUUUUCUUGAGAAGUUUUCAUAUCGACCCAUUUAAAAAAAUUAUCCUUAAAAAUUGCAUAGCCUUCUUGACGACGAUUUUUUUUAACUUGUUUUGUUUACUUAAUAUCUAUUUGCGAAUAAAUAAGUGGUAUAAUGUAUCUAAAGUCACUUAAUUAAUGUAUUGAAUUGUCGCUUCAAGCGAAUAAACAUCGAAAGAACAGAUACGUUGGCGUAGUAUACGUCAUUUAAGCGAUCACGUGAACCAAAUCAGCCAAUAUGAUCGUUUCUUACCGUCUCGAAAGCCAACGAAUGCGCAUGUCAAUAGAGAUUCGGAUAAUUUGGAGUCUGCGCGGACGGCUUUGCCAAAUCCAUUCGACCGUUUUCCAACGGUCCGCUGGUCUUAGACUCAAUACAUCAAAGGGAUGUUCAAAAGUAUCACCGAACGUCAUCCAACGGUCUCCAAUUUAAAACUGAAUCCAAUUUGGGGGACUUUGUCACUUCGAAUCGCUUCAAAUCUUUCCUAAUUAGGCUAGGGAUCCAUAAAGCUCCCGAUUCUUCUGGAAUUUCCUAAUUAAUCCUGAAUUCUCGAAUUAGCAUUGCAUUUAUAUUAUGCUUUCGUGAGACAGACCUGAGCUAUCAUCAUUCCAAAAUGCUGUAAGGGGGUGGGGGUUGAUAUGAUAUGGUUUAAAUUUAUUGUGAAAUUGAAUAAUGGAAUCCUCCCGCUUUUCAUUCAAAAUUUGGCAGCCUAUUUGGCGUUCGAGCUUUGGUUUGAAGAUUGGUUAGGCGUUAUGGCAACUUUGCGUAAACCCAUCAUAAAAAUCAGGUAUACUCGCUUCAAGAAUUAUU